AUGGCCGACCAGGAAGCCGAGUUUGUGCCCUCGCUGUACAAGCCCGCCGCCUUGCUUCCCAUCGCGCGCCACCGCGAAGCCCUUCUUUAUCUCGUUGAGACCUUCCCUGUCACCAUCGUCGUCGGCCACACCGGGAGCGGAAAGACGACGCAGAUACCGCAGUUUCUAGACCAAGCAGGAUGGUGCGCCGAAGGCAAACUCAUGGCUGUCACGCAGCCCCGGCGGGUCGCUGCCACUGCCGUAGCAGCACGGGUCGCUGAGGAGAUGGGCUGCAAUCUUGGUCAGGAUGUUGGCUUCUCGAUAAGAUUCGAGGACGUCACGUCUGCUGCCACGCGCAUCAAGUUUGUCACCGACGGAAUGCUUCUCAGAGAGGCCCUCGUCGACCCGCUUCUGUCACGUUACUCGGUGAUUAUGGUGGACGAGGCUCACGAGCGCUCUCUGAGCUCCGACCUUCUCCUCGGACUGUUGAAAAAGAUUCGGAAAAAGCGUCCAGAGCUACGCAUCGUUGUCAGCAGCGCUACGCUUCAAGCGGAGGACUUUCUGAGAUUCUUUGCUGGCGAGUCCACCGAGGACGACAGUGGCCCCAGUGCGCUGGGAGGCAGCGUUGGACGCAUCAUUAGCCUGGAAGGACGCAUGUAUCCAGUGGACAUCCACUAUCUGGAGCAGCCCGCCGAGGACUACGUCGAGAGAGCAGUCAAAACUGUCUUCGACGUCCAUACCCAAGAGCCCGAGGGUGAUAUCCUGAUCUUCUUGACCGGACGAGAAGAGAUAGACGCUGUUCUCGAAAUGAUAGCCGAUCGUGCGAUGAAUCUCAAUCCAAAGGCUCCGUCCAUCCAAGCACUACCCCUGUACGCGGGUCUACCGACAGAUCAGCAAAUGUACGUCUUCGAGCCCACUCCUGAAAACACCCGCAAGGUCAUCGUGGCAACAAACAUCGCGGAAGCCUCGGUGACGAUUGAUGGGAUUGUGUACGUGAUCGAUUGCGGGUACGUCAAGCUACGGGCUUACAACCCCAACACCGGAAUCGAGACUCUUACUGCGACGCCCGUCUCUAAGGCGUCUGCGACUCAGCGUGCAGGUCGUGCAGGCCGCACCAAGCCAGGGAAGUGUUACCGCCUGUACACGGAGCAAGCGUUUACAAACCUUUCAGAGGCUACCGUGCCAGAAAUACAACGCUCGAAUCUGGCACCCGUCAUCCUGCAGUUGAAAGCCCUCGGAAUCGAUAAUAUCGCGCGCUUCGACUACCUAACGCCUCCUCCCGCCGAGCUAGUGAUUAGAGCAUUGGAACUCCUGUUCUCCUUGGGCGCUCUGGACGAUUACGCCAAACUGACCAAGCCGCUCGGCACGCGGAUGGCCGAGCUAGCGGUUGAGCCGAUGAUGGCCAAAUCCCUUCUUUCAGCCCAGGAUUUCGGCUGUUUAAGCGAGAUGCUUUCAAUAGCUGCCAUGACAAGUCUGCAAGGGAACGUUUGGUUCUCCCACGAGGGCCAGAAAAAGGCUCAAGAAAGUGCUCGGCGGAGGUUUGCCGUCGAAGAAGGCGACCAUCUGACCCUUCUCAAUGUGUAUCAUGCCUUUGUUACAAAGGGCAGAAAGGACGCCAAGUGGUGCCGCGAUAAUUACUUGAACUUCAAAUCGAUGGCGCGGGCACUCAGCAUCCGCAAUCAGCUUCGCCGGUACCUUGAGCGGCUUGGAGUGAAUGUUGAAGAAAGCUUGUCCUCUUCUGCGGUCCUUCGCGUGGGAGGACCGGACAAGGCGGAGCAAAUCCGAAGAUGCUUGUCCGCUGGGUUUUUCGCCCAUGCGGCCAGGAUGCAACCGGACGGGACUUUUAGGACGAUUGACGGGGGCAUGGUUCUGCAUGCUCAUCCAACCUCCCUCAUGUUUAACCGUAGAGCCGAUUGGGUCAUAUUCCACGAAAUCAUGGAGACCGCAAACAAGACGUUCAUUAGGGACAUUACAAAAAUUGAAAAGGGCUGGUUGUUGGAAUACGCUCCGCAGUAUUACAGCAUCAGGUAG